GGCGGGGAGCGCAGGGCGGCGGCGGGCGGGAGGCAGCAGCGAGCAUGUGCCGCAGAGCCCAGUAACCAGGGACGACCGCGGCCACACCGCGCCGGCGCCGGCGCCCAGCCCAGGCAGCCCCGCGCCGCGGCGCCCGGACCGCCCGGGCCUGCCUAGCGGCCGCCCCACACCCCGGGCGCCCCGGCGCCGACAGCCGCGCAGCGCAGCGCAGCGCGGGCGCCGCAGACAAAGGCGCGGCCCCGGCCCGGCCCGCCCGGCCCAGCAGCUCCCGCUGGGAGCCCCGACCGGGUCCGGCCCGGGGGGCGGGGGCCGCGGCCGCCGAGGAUGGGGAAAUCCAACAGCAAGUUGAAGCCCGAAGUUGUGGAGGAGCUGACCAGGAAGACCUACUUUACUGAGAAGGAGGUCCAGCAGUGGUACAAAGGCUUCAUCAAGGAUUGCCCCAGUGGGCAGCUGGAUGCAGCAGGCUUCCAGAAGAUCUACAAGCAGUUCUUCCCGUUCGGAGACCCCACCAAGUUUGCCACGUUUGUUUUUAACGUCUUUGAUGAAAACAAGGACGGGCGGAUCGAGUUCUCUGAGUUUAUCCAGGCGCUGUCGGUGACCUCGAGGGGGACCCUGGAUGAGAAGCUGCGGUGGGCCUUCAAGCUCUAUGACUUGGACAACGAUGGCUACAUCACCAGGAAUGAGAUGCUGGACAUUGUGGACGCCAUUUACCAGAUGGUGGGGAACACCGUGGAGCUCCCCGAGGAGGAGAAUACUCCAGAAAAGAGAGUGGACCGGAUCUUUGCCAUGAUGGACAAGAAUGCCGACGGGAAGCUGACCCUGCAGGAGUUCCAGGAAGGGUCCAAGGCGGACCCGUCCAUUGUGCAAGCGCUGUCCCUCUACGACGGGCUGGUAUAGUCCCGGGCCAGGCCUGAGCGGGAUGCCUGGGAACCACACACCUCCUCCUGUGCCAUGAGGCCGCCUCAGCCCCACCACCACCCCCGUGUGCCCACCCAGCCUUCUUCCGCAUCCACACACAGCCGGCUGCCCUUAACCCGGGAGGCCCCGGCUCUCCUCUCCCCUGCCCCGCACCCACCCGCCGCCUGAAGCCACCGGCUCCAAUUGCCAACAACCUCUGCUUGUCCGGAAAACGGCAACGCGAAACGGAAAAGGCUACCGCCCUCUGCAGAACCAAGGACUCGGCUGCGUCACCGGCUGCGUCUCCGUUCCUCCCGCUCUCUUGCGCGUGUCCUUUUGGUUUUUAUUUCGAACAGAAGUUCUAAAAGGAAAAAAAAAAAAAAAAGCAACGACCUUCUAUCCUAGAAGACACAGACUGACAGAUGGGGAGAAGGCCUGGGGACCUCAGAGAACUCUGCCUCGCCCCUGUCCCUCGCCCCUCGGCAGCCAGAGAGGCUGUGGGCGGGCUGGGGGCAUCGGGGGGUUCUGGCGUGUCCACGUCAUUUGUCGCCCCAUCUUUUAGCAGGGAAACCACCUGCGUGGCUAGGAUGAUUCAUUAUGAGGAUGAUGGUUUUUUGUGACGGCAGUAUUGUGCUUUUUGUGGGGAAAGUGAGGUUUUUUUUUUUAUAUAUAUAUACGUAUAUAAUUGAUAUCUUUUAUUUAUUGGUUGUUAACUGUUGCUGCUGCCUCGUGUGUCCUCAGCUCCCAGGGCUGGGGGCCACCGUUUACAUGUGCACGCCCUGACCCACCUGCCCACACUGACUUGGGAGGAUGGUGGCCUGCAGCGGCCAAGAAGCCAAAAAAAAAAAGUGUUUUUUUUGUUGUUGUUGUUGUUGUUUUUGUUUUUGUUUUUUUCCAGAUACUGUGCUUGAUUUUUUGGAGAGGGGAGAGGUGGAGAUUCCUAAUGCACUGUUCCCUCCAGCCCGACGCCUCCUGCCGAACCCCUUUUCCCUGCUGCCUCCGUCCCCCAUCCUUGUUCUCCUCUGAGUCCGGAACAUUUUUUUGUGAGGAUGAACAGGGGACCUCUUCAGUUUCUCAACCCUUGCCUUGGUGUUUGCCGCAGCAUGGAGAGCAGCGCCUGAGGCUGGGAGGCAGAAGAGCGGCAUGGGACCCGGGCAGAGCCGGGGGACGUGGUCUUCGAAGGAAGUUAGCAGAAAUAAAGGGGACCUCCUCGGGCUGGGAGGGGAUUUGAAGAUAGUUCAUGACUCUCUCCCGCUCUGCCUUCCCGCCUUCCUGUCUGCUUUUCCCAGUAAACUGCAUGGCGUCCUUCCCUGGCCCUCUGUUGGCUCAAAGGCUGGGAGGGAGGGAAGGAGAAGAGUCCCAGGCAGUCCCAUCGAGGCAGCCCCUACCCCUGGGGCUGUGGCCCCUUCAUCUUCAUGGAGGCUUCUAGCUCUGUCUGCCAGUGAGGCAGGGGCGGCCCCAGAGCCAUCACCAGGAACAUGAGGCCACCCUGGACCGGAGGUGCUAGCCCGAGGUCUGGCCCUCGCUCUGUGAUUGUGUAGGCCUCCUGCGCGCCCUGGGUCUCAGGUGCCCCACCUGCAGAGCGAGGCGGCCUGGGCCGCUUGGUGUUGAAGGCCCUUUUCCACGCUGACAUUGUGUAGUUCUAGUCUUGGGGUUCAGUUUCCUGUGCUUGGUGAUUCUGUGGCCUGUGGCUGAGUUUGCCUGACCCCAGCAGGCAGCCCCCGCGGCAUCUCUUGGCCCCAUCUUCACACAGAGCAGUUGCUGGUGUGUGGGUCUGUUCCAGCAGAUGAACGUGUCACGUGGCACACUUUGUCCCUUCCUGCAUUUCCUGGUCCCCCGUAGACCCUUGAGCUCCCUUUGGGGCCCAGAGCGAUUCCUUGUUCAGGGAAGGCUUCUGAGGUGAGAAGCUGCUUGGCAGACUGUCAGGGCCAGGCCUGGGUCUGGAAUUCUUGCUGCUGCUUUGCAAAGGCAACAGCCUAUCAUCCAUGUUUUAGAGGGGACACUUCGACCCUCGGUUCCCACCCUCAGCAAGCAGCCCUCCAGACACAGGAUCUCCGCUGGAGCGCCUUUGCCAUGUGGGGCCAUGUGGCUGUUCCCGGUGGCUGGAGCAGUCAGCGAACCCCAGCAGUCACCCCUGAGGCAUUGGCAGCCCCCUAGAGCUGCACACUGGCCCCAUUAUAACCCACCCCACCCCCUUACCAACAUCCUGCAGGGAGGCGAUCAGUGGUUCCACCUUCACAGGCCACUUUGAAGGGUGAACUCUCUGAGGCCCCUCCCAGGCAGCUCCCUGCUCAGCCGCUGGCCCGGGCUAGCUGGGACUGGGCUCCAAUUGCUGAAGUUUCUCAGCCGGGCUCUGACCUGGGGUCGGGGCAGGGGAUGAACAUGGUGGCUGGGGUUGAGAGGAUGAAGGUCUUUCCCAGGUUGAAUUACUUUUCUUUGGCCUCUGUCUGAGCCUCCAUUUGCUCCUCUGGGCCAGUGGGACUAACACUGCUGUACAGCCGGGCCUGUGGCUGAGGGUGUCUGGGGGUCAGCACGUGGACCCCUUCUGUGUGCCCGGCCUUCCUCCACCAUCCUGCCCUUUGGCCUUUUGGUUUGGAGCCACAGGUGUGGGUCUGGCCUUAGCAGAUGGCAUCCUGGCGGAUCGCAGCCCAGUGUGCCAGUGGGCCCACGCCCCAAGCCAGCCCCGAGCUGCUGGGAGGGCCACCCUUCUUCCCUGCCCCGACGGGGUGCCAGACACUGGCCAUUUUCGCUGGAGGUUCCUUGGCAGGGACGGAUCUCUGCCCUCCCUCUUCCCACGCCUCUGGCUGCAGUGAUGCCGCAGCGUCCUCAGCCAGGUGCCUGCUGAGCAGCCCAUGCGCCUCUCCACAGCGGCGUUUCCACCUGAUGGGGCUCCCUUCAGAUGCUCUGAUGCGGAGGCCAGCCCGUCAUCCCUCGGCAGAGCCUCACUCUGCGGGGGCCAGGGCAGGCACCAGCCCCAGGUGGCCAGUGGACCACGGCCUGGCUUCUUCCUCGCAGCGUCUGCGCCUCACUUUGUGUUGAUGGUGGCUUGGGAGAAUGUUCCGAUUUUCCAUUAUCUAAGCAGGCCGCGUUUAAAAUAACAUCAAGGCAAGCGUGCGUGUCGCCCUUUGUACUGACAUCUCUGCCCCUGAAAUGCUUUUCAGUUUGACAGCCCAUUUCCUAGAUAAGUGCACCUGGGGUUUCAGGAACUUUGUCUCUUUUGGGAGGGGGUCGGGGGCAUGGUCGUGAUGCCUGGGAUCCUUUCCUGGAGAGUCAGCCUCUCUCCAGAGAAAGCCUCCAUGGCUCGCCUGCCAGGCAGAAAGUGACCCUGCUCCCAGCGCGGUUUCAGCAUUUAGUUUUAAGGGCGCUAAGGAAGUGCGGGGCGCCCCCUGGUGCUGGUAAGUCACCAACGCACCUGGGCUGCAACCCCACUGGACCGGUGGUCUGGAGGGAGGCUGGAUCCAGGAGGCGAGGAGGGGGCUGUGAGUCCUCAGAGGCCCUGGGCCCCCACAUUUCUGGCAGUGUUUCCCAGACACCCCUCUGCUAGGCCAUCCCUGGAUAGCAAGUGAAUUAACUUAAGGGCACUGUGAUGGGAAGCCUUGCCCCCCUCUCUUUUUUUUUUUUUAAUAUCUGCAGAAUAAACCCAAUGGUUAAUUUUUGAAUGAAUAAAAGGCUUUUGUUGAAUAAA